AUGGGCAACAAUGGCACAUACAAGCAAAAAGAUUUGGAUCAGACUGCUAGAAGCAAUACUCAAGCAACGCUUUGGAUGACAGACUUCUUUGUUGGGCUUGUUGUUCGCAAAUUGCACCACUUGCACAAAUAUAGCAAUCACAGCGUGUAUGGCGGCGUUGUGUGGGGUGCGGGCAAGCGCAGUCCGGCAGGUGGCAAGUUUGCGAAUUUCGAAGCCGUCUUCCCACUAUUCCAUCAGCUGCAGAGUGAUGUGAAUGUUGACAGUGCAACCCAGGCUGAAUCCGCCAGCGAACAAGCCGGGAGGCUUCUUUCCCCCGUCUUGGCGGUUCGGAGUUUGACUGGCUGGCUCAAUGCGGAGUGUGAAAUUGUUGGAUAUGGAGCAGACUUAGACGUCGUUAUCCCGGACAAUGCGUACAAGUUCCUGAAGUUGGCGGCGGAGCGACUAUUGAGGGGGGGGGGGGACAGAGGAAUGAAUCCAGUGAAAUCGACGAUUUUAAUUUGGGCUUUGCAAACAGGCACGCAACCCAAGAAAACAAAGUUGUGUAGAUUGGGACCGGUGGACUCUUUUGAUCCCAAGCGUUCCUACUGCAGAUCCUCGUGCUUUUACGGUACUCGCGAAGAAUGCUUGCAAAGCCGUGCUGGGCGGCGUUGGUGCUGGAUAGUGGUGACGGCUUUGCAGCAAAACCGCAUUGCGGUGGGAGAACGUCUCUGUAUGGUAUACCCCUGCUUCUCUGGGAUCUUCCUGCCCUUAGGCACCAGCGAGGGGACACUGGAGGGAUCCCGUGAUGGAGGAACCGAGGGCAGUCAAAAUGGCACCAGCGAGGGGACACUGGAGGGAUCCCGUGAUGGAGGAACCGAGGGCAGUUGCAAUGGUACAUCCGUUGGACUGGCCGAUGGAAGUCUUGAUGGGCUUUCCGAUGGAGACAAUGACUGCAUGGAGGAUGCUAGGGGCGACAAGAUCACAGCGAUGUAUGGGAUGGUGGACGCAGUCUUGGUAUCAGCAUCGCCACGCGUCCAGUCCGCAGAGCUAUUAAUCAGCGAUAGGUCCGAGUUAGUAGCGUUCUCGAUGGAACCGACUUCAACCUUAAUACCGGCUUUUACCAGGAACAUUUCCACGAGGCCGAUUCAUUUCCUUUAUGCUCCCGUCAAUGCUCUUUUUGAUGCUUCUGUUGACGCAUCCGUCAAUACAAUGCCACUCGAAUUCUGUAUUUGGAGACAGUUUUUACAGUCGGCUCACAGUCAGUUCGAAGGCAUGAUUCGGCGAAAAGGAUUGCUCUCGUCGGAGCAAACUCUGACGACGACGGAAGUAGAAUCUGAUGGACGCAAUCAGAUCGUUUCCGUGGCUGGCAAACAUGUGAGACUUCAAAGCAGCACCUGUGUACGAAGCUAUGCGCUUCAGCGUCGACGCUAUAUAUUUGCUCUGAUUUGUUGCUGUGGGGCUACCGCGUGGGGAGUCCACCGAUACUGGAUUGCUGCUACCGCUUCUCGUGGAAAAGAAAUAGAAGCGGAGGAUGGCAUGUUCCACAAGUGGGAUAAAGUUGUACUACCGCUGACUGAUCGAGUCGCCGCAUUACGGCGGAACACCGCGGAUGAAUUGGACGACACCGAUUGCAUUUUUCGCGACUCUCCAAUUCGUCGAAAAGUGUUUGUGUAUCCAGACUAUGGAGAUACCGCAAACGGUUGGACAGCGGACGUUUUGUCAUCGGCAGGGCAAAAGUGGCAAACGACCUUGCCGCCUUGGCCUUGGCUCGAUCUGCGACGACAAUCGCAGGCAAAUCGAACUAGUCAUUACGACAUAGAAGGCCAACACGUACAGUACGCCACAGAGCUACUUGUAAGAGAGGUGAUGAUCAAUCCCAAGUCCUGUCUACGAACGUACAAUCCCGACGAAGCCACACUUUUCUACGUACCUUACUUGCCCUCGGUAGAGCAUCACAAAGGCAGCAAGUACAUCAAUGAUAUGGCGUUAUCUCCGUAUGGGAAUGCAAUACUCGAUAUUCUCGACAAGGAUAAUUACACGGCUUGGGAAAACACGUUUGGAUUGACGGCGAAGUACUGGAAACGUCAUGGCGGGGCUGAUCAUAUUCUUGUCUUCUCCGAACCUAUGCAUGGACUCUGGCAUCCUCGUCAACGACGCGGGAACUACCAUUUUAUUCAUUCGCAGAAGCAGCUGCAUCCACCAAUCGUCAUUUCAGUCGAAUUAAGUACCACAUUCGUAAAAAUGUACCCCAAGUGUGCCGCCAAAAAUAUUCUAAUGCCGUACCCCAACACGGAUGGACGAUGGUUCAACGGCAAGCAUCACUCGGAAGCGGUGAAAGCCUCUACGGCUUGGAAUGCCUCUCUGAAAGUUUCAAUUGCCGCCUUGCCAGAAGAACAAUUAUUGGGCCAGGAGCCUGCGCGACCCAUCGCUCAAUUCUACGGUGCAGGAAACCACGGAACCUGCAAACAAUUGCGUCAAGCAAUGGCUUCCGACUAUUCGCAAUGUGCACUGUCCAGUAAGCUUUUCAAGCAAAACGUCAAAAUAUCGUCAUACGUCAUAGGUAUGAAUUUGGCAAGCUUUUGUCCGUGCCCAGGAGGCGAUUCGCCGAGCGCUAAACGGAUGUUCGACGCAGUCUUGGCCGGAUGUAUUCCAAUCAUCUUGUCGCAAGAUUUCGUUUGGCCGUUUACAAACGAGUUUGAUCCAAACCUUGAGCUUGAUCCGACAGUGUUUUCUCUGCGUUACUCAGCAAAAGACUACGAAGACCCGUUGCUGGACGUCACGACGUGCAGUCCACUUAAUUCCUCUAAACCAGGUUUGCAAAGUAACUUGGAGCAGAUUUCCGCUCGGGAAAUAGGGCGUCUUCGGAAUGGACUUCGGCAAGCUCGGGAUCUUUACAGCUGGUAUCAAGUCCGACCCGACCUUCCCGACAAUCCGUUGUGGGAAAAUAUUUUACCGCCCAUUUCUUGGUAG